AUGCUGACAAGCCGUCUGAUGCGCAUGCCACGCAAACCGUUCGUCGACCUGGACUACGCGAGACACAUGCCUUCGGCCUACGUGGAAAGAUCGAAACGGACGGUGCCGAGAAAAGUUUACGGAGAUCGGUCAGUCUUUGAUUUUACUCUCAAUUCACCGCUCUUGUCCCCGUCGGCGUUUGCGCACUUUGGAGGCCAGAGUCUGCAAACGCCGAGGCGGCAAUAGCGAUAAUUUAAAAUAAUUAUUCCCAUUGAAACGGUGAGAAAUUUGCAUUCUUUACAGAUUCGGCGCUCCGGACAUUAAGAUGUACUACGUGCAUCCGGACGACUACAAACCGUCGCAUCGCAGACCGUGGGACGACAAGCAGCUGUCCGACAACAUUCAAAGAGCCGACAAAUACUUUGGAGCACAGUUCGUCUCGCUUCUUUUUUUACGUUACCGCAAUCCUUAUGAUACGCUCGGCAUUCUUUGUAAAAAAUUUAUUUCAGGCUGACGAACAAGCAUUUCGAAUUUCGGCGCCCGAAAUCGGAGCGAAUGGCCGACACGGAAUGGACGUUCUUCCCGGGAGACCUCGUGCAAGUGAUGGUCGGAAAGGACAAGGGACGGCAGGGACUCGUGCUCACCGUCAGCCGCGACACCAGCCAGGCAAGCGCCCGUUCUUGCAGAUUUCUUAAAAUAUUUAAUAAAAAUUCACGACACCGCACAGAAAUGGCGGACUUUAUUUGAAUAUACCCGUUAUGGGGCUAUUCAGACUGUGAAAAAAAUGAUUGUUUUCCGUUUUUUUUCGUUUUUUUACGUCAAAAAAUCCAAUUCAGCGAUGUAAAAAAACGAAAAAAACGGAAAACAAACAUACGCUGAAUAGCCCCAUUAGGCCACGUUUUCAGUGAAAAAUUGCUGCACAAUAACAACUAGUGCUGAAAAUUAUAAAGGUAAAGGUAAUUAAAGGUAAUUAAAAAGGUUGAAACACUAAUUUUUCGUUGUGAAAAUGUGAUCUUUUACGCUCUUUGUUCACAAAACCUGAACAAAUUAUUGUUAUCUCAAUUUUAGGUGAUCGUCGAUGGACUGCACACAAAACUGGGCGAGGAUAUGGCGGGAAGUGAGAAAUUGGGAAUCGACGAGACACUCAGGUUACAUUUAUUGUUUUUCUUAACUGCAAUUAUUACGGGGAUUUUUUCUGGAAGAAAACAGCAAAGCUAGCACAAAAAUCGAUUUGUCAGCCGAAUCGGCAAUUUUGCGAGGCUGUGAGGGUUACGAUUGAAUACAUUUACUUUGUUUUGCAGAUGGCAAGAACAGCCGCUUUCGGUGCUGAAAAACCAGGUAAAACUGGUGGAUCCGAAUGACGAACAACCGUGUGAGGCCAGGUAAUUUUUUUGAAAAUUAUCCUGAAAAUGUCAGCUUCUGUCCGGCCUUGUGCUAAUUUUAUAUUCAGAAAAGAGCUAUACGAAGAGUACCGAAAAAUUUGGAGAAAAAAAAAUUCUUUCAAACAUUUUGAAACACACAAAAAAAAACGCUUUUUUGCAGAUGGCAAUUGAACGGCGCCGGCGACGAGUACAUUCGCAUCUCGAAUCGAAGCGGAUACGAGAUUCCGAUUCCGUCGCAGGCAAAAGUUACCUACGAGUACCUGCAGCCCGAAAAUUAUAUAGGUUUGUUGUUUGAUUGUUUAUCGCUUUUUAGUUAAACAAUACCGCUCCUCAUACAUAAAAACCCUUUCUUUGACUAGAAAAAUAGUGAAAAAAAUAACAGCAAAAACGUGUUUGCAGAAGUGGAGGGAAAGGACACGCCGGCGGACGCGGUGCUCGAACGGACGUACGUGCCAAAAGUGGCGAGUUUCGAGCAGGAAAUCAUGCAAGACAUGGGAAUCAAGGAGGAAAGAACGCCGAAACCCACCUACUGGUUCUAG